AUGGAGAAAGACGAGGAAACCCAGGUGACUGUGACAGUUCAUGCGAACAAAUCCGAACCCAUCCUCCAAAGAGGAGGUGCAAACUACACGGCCGAGACAGGCAUCAACUCGACCAGCGUUACCUAUCAAGAUGCCUCUGGUGCACCGGUUGAGGUCGACUCGCCGUUAGGAUACUCCUGUUGGCAACAGCUAACAGAAAAAGUUGUCGGCGCGAAUACCAAAUGGUCGUUACGGGUUGUAGUCUGGUUUGGCGUUGUUAAAAUCGCCACUUUAGUGAUGAUAUCAAUCGCCGGACUAGUUGUCCUCGGGGGACAUACCAAAGUUCCAGAUCCCCAGUUAAACUGGAGAAAUGCCUGGGAAGGCACAUCAGAGGCAUCCGCCUAUGGAGCCACGAAUGCCAUGAUGAAGUUGAUAUUCUCAUAUGCAGGCUACACCAAUGCAUUUAGUGUUGCCAACGAGAUCAAGAACCCAGUCAAAACGCUACGCUGGAGCGCCCCAUUCUCACUGAUCCUAGUUACCAGUCUAUAUAUCCUAGUCAACGUGGCGUAUUUCUCCGCCGCGUCGAGGGAAGAAAUCCUGAGCUCGAAACAGAUCGCGGCGGGGAUUUUCUUCGAGAAAGUAUUUGGUACGAAUGGCGCCGCGCGUGCAUUGAAUGUCCUGAUCUGCAUCAAUGCGUUUGGGAACCUUAUAGCUGUGAUGAUUAACUAUUCACGAAUGCUUCGGGAGACGGGACGACAAGGAGUCCUCCCUUGGUCUAAAUUCUGGACCUCAACAAGACCAUUCGGGACUCCUCUGGGACCGUACACUGUUCAAUGGGCUAUUACCGUCAUCAUGAUCCUGGCACCACCGGCUGGCGAUGCAUUCAACUUCGUGGUCGAUCUAUCCGUCUAUCCAACCAGUAUCUUCAACUUCCUCCUAGUGGUAGGACUCUUGGUGAUCCGUCGACGACGUCGUAAAUUCCACCUCCCUCGACCGGAGUAUCGCGCCUGGAGCAUUGCCAUUGUCUUUGCCCUGCUCACGAACCUCUAUCUACUGGUUGCACCGUGGUACCCACCAUCCGACGGGGCCAAUGGGGGAGAUGUCAGUUUCUGGUACGGAACGUAUCUGGUUGUGGGGAUUGGGCUGCUUCUCCUCUGUGGAAUUUAUUAUUAUGUCUGGAUAGAAGCGCUGCCGAAGUAUAAAGGAUAUCAGUAUCGACAGUCGCUGCUGGAGUUUGACGACGGGUCGGUGGUUCAUAAGCUGGUUAAAGUGUCGAAUACGGAUCUGGACAACACCAGUUCUCCAGCAUCUGGCUCGGGGCUUCGCCAAAGUCUACUUCUGUCUCUGUACCGUGGAAAUGCGACCCUACGGGAAGUCAGUCUUGAUCUAUACGAAGAUGAAAAGAUCCAUAUAAAGAUACCCGACGAAGCCAUCGUCGUCGUCGGCGUUCCAGACACUAAAGACCUGCACGUCUUCAUGCCAGACAAGGGCAUCUCCAGGACUAGCUAG